CAGAAAAAUUGAAGGCAGGAGGAAACUAUCGCUGAGCUAGCAAAAUUUAAUUUACCAGAAACUCAGACCACUUAUCCCCCCUAUAAAUAUUCGCAAUCGCUCCACGCCAUCUUCCCCCACCUCCCCAGCCUUCUUCACCAUUUCCGGGAAGGCUCUCUCUCUCUCUCUCGAAUUUCUCUAAUCACUGAUCUAAACCUCUAACCAACCAGAGAUGGAGCAACUCGGAUUCGUAAUCGAAGCCCACGAAGCCGAAUCAAUGGCCAAACAAUCAGGCCUUACUGUCCUCGAGCUCCUACCUACCUUGGUCAAUUCGGCCCGGUCCUUGGCCCGUACGCCCAUCUCCAAUUACUGCGUCGGCGCCGUCGGGCUUGGAUCCUCCGGUCGCAUCUUCUUCGGAGCCAAUCUCGAAUUUCCAGGCCUCCCUCUCCACCACUCUGUCCAUGCCGAACAAUUCCUAAUCACUAAUCUUACCCUCAAUGCUGAACCCAAGCUCAACUCCGUUGCCGUCUCCGCCGCCCCCUGCGGUCACUGCCGGCAAUUCUUCCAGGAAAUCCGCCACGCUCCCGAUAUCCAGAUCCUUGUCACAGACGAUAGUAAUAUCGAUAAUUCCGGCGGUGCAGCUGGCAAAAAUGGAGGUAAAAAGAAAUUUGAGCCCUUAUCGCAUUUUCUACCUCACAGGUUCGGGCCAGACGAUCUUCUCGAUAAGGAUUUUCCCUUAGUUUUAGAACGACAUGAUAACAAUUUGUCGUUGCUAAAUGAUUCUAAUUGUAAUAAUAAUAUUCCAAAUGGAAUUAGUACCGUUAUUUGCGAUGAUUUGAAAUACGAGGCUUUAGAGGCCGCCAACAAGUCUCAUGCUCCAUAUAGUAAGUGCCCAUCUGGGGUGGCGUUGAUGGACUGUGAAGGUAAAAUUUAUAGAGGUUCUUACAUAGAGUCUGCUGCGUAUAAUCCGAGCUUGGGCCCAGCACAGGCGGCGAUUGUGUCGUACUUGGUAAAAGGCGGCGGGGGUGGGUAUGAGAAAAUUGUGGCUGCUGUAUUGGUGGAAAAAGAAGGGGCUGUGGUGAGACAGGAGUACACGGCAAGGUUGCUUUUGCAGACGAUUUCAUCGAAGUGUGAGUUUAAGGUGUUCCAUUGCGGAUCCAGGUCUUGAAUUAUCUUGUUGUUACUGGUAAAUUAAUUUUGUUUUUAUAAAAUUCUCUCAAUAAUAUUUGUUUUAAGCUGCCAUGAAAGAUGGGAAUGAAAUCGAAGGGGUUAUUAAUGAAUUAAAUUUAGUCAACAUUUAAAUCUC